GGCAGAUAUGAUGUACGUGUAAACAAAAUGGCAAAUUUGAAAGAUGAGUUAGAUGAAUAUUUGUCUUCUAAAAACAGCGAUUCAAAACCACUUCUCAAUGGAAUUUCUAUACCCGUUUCUGUGUCCAUGCCAAAAGUCGGCAGUUGGUUUAGGAAAAAUGAACAUACCGAUGAAGCUGAAAGUUGGUUUUCUGCAGCUCAAAAAGAUUGUUGUCCCACAUUAACUAGAUUCCAGAGAAUUGUUGGAUUCUGUAUUUGUAUUUUCAUGGGUGUUCUAUGCUUUACAUUUGCUGCCAUGUAUAUACCAGUUUUAUUUUUAAAGGCCCGUAAAUUUUCUCUUUUGUAUACAAUGGGCAGUCUUUUCCUUAUCUGCAGUUUUUCUUUCCUCUGGGGGCCUUUACAUCAUUUGCGACACCUCUUCUCAAGAGAAAGACUUUGUUUUACUCUUAGUUAUUUAGGUAGUUUAUUUGCGACCUUGUACUUUGCAUUAUUUCAACAAAGUACGCCAUUUACUGUAUUUUUUGCCAUGAUCCAAUUUAUUGCUUUGCUUUGGUUCCUCCUCAGUUACAUACCAGGUGGCCAUACUGGUCUUAUGUUUUUUACUAAACUCUUUUCAUCAGCUGUUGCCAGUUCUGUAUCAAAGAGUUUACCCGUCUAAAAUUUUACUUUUGAUUCAAUUGU